AUGUCCUCGAAUUUGGACAAGCCCCUGGGCGAGAUCAUCGCCGAGAGUCGAGGCAAACGAACCUCGACCGUGGCCAAGCGAGGCCACUUAGAGGUCGAGUCGGCGUCAAAGGACACCGACGAGACCGCUGCAGUGGCUAAGCGGGCCAAAUUAGAGUAUCUGCCCUUGUCCGAGAUGGGCAGAACUCGACAUGGAAGGAUCUACGACAAGAGCGAUCCUUUCAACACCAACAUCGUCGGCGUGGGUAUCCACAAAACCCAGGCCUUUGUCGGAGAUGAGGCGAACCUGGACGCCGUUCAUGAGGAUUUCAAGAGGCGCACCAAACUCAUGAACGGUGGAGAACUGGGCCGCGUCUCUGUCCAGUACCAGUCUGUGGGCCGAAAGAAGUGGAUUACGGAAUCUCGUGGUCUCGCCAAGUACGCCGAUUGUACUGGCGAUGACAAUGUCUUUGCGCUCCCUUCGCCGGCGGCGCCCGCCCAGAUUGAAACGGGCGCAGCCGAAACGGCUUCUGGCGACGUGCCCAUGCCAGACGCCCAACCCCCCGCCACCACGGUCGCCAAAGAUACUGCGGCCGAGCAGCGGGCCAAGAAACAGGCCAAGAACAAGGCCAGAAGGGCCAAGAGGAAGGAGGAGCGGGAGUGGGUGGCCAAAGGAGACCACAAGACGGCUCCUCCUGCGGCUCGAGGUCCGGCGGGAGGCCACCAGACCGGAAACCGCCGCAUGGGCGGUAGCCAGUCUCGUGGUCUCCCGUCUGGAGGCCCUCAGCGCACCCAACGUCUGCCCACCCCAGACAAGGUGCCCGGUGAGGACGAGGAGCCUCGCGGCUGGUGGGUUCUUGAUGAACUCCAGGACCACCAGAUGAGCAAGAAGGAGCAGGCCAUCAAGAAGGCCCAGCUCCACAAGGAGUUGGACGAGGAGAUGGACGGCUACUUUGCUGGCGCUGACGAUGGCGCGUCCAGCUCUCGCUGGAAUGCCUGA